AUGAUUGAAGGACGAUACAGGGAGUCACAUCCUAACCCUCAAGGUCUUUUGGAACUCGGCGCAUCGGAAUGGAACGUCGAAGCAUUUGUUAUCUUGUUGAACAUCAUGCAUGGUCACCAUCGACAAGUCAAAAAGACACCUGCUCUGGAAAUAGUCGCUCAUAUUGGAAUCCUUGUUGAUUACUAUGAUUGCCUUGAGGUGGUUGAGAUCUUUUAUGAACGGUGGACUCAAUGGCAUCUCGACUUGAAGAAGCACAAUUAUCCCGAACUUAGCUUGGCCAUACCUACUAUCGCAUCACAAACUUUUGGUCCGGAUGAGACUGUCUUCUUAUUUAUUGCCCUAGUAUUUAAAAACUACGUGCAAGCCAGAGGACUCUUUGGACUCGCCGUUUUCAACACAGACGGCCCACUCCAAACAGACCUGGCGAUACCGAAUCGAGUCCUUGAACUGAUUGAACAAGAACGAGAGAAACUUGUGGAAGAGCUCCUCGAAGUACUAUUCGACUUGCAAGACUGUCUCAUGGCUAGAGAUCUCUGUUGCACUCUAGAGUGCGCCUGUCGACUUCUCGGAUAUCUCACCAGACAAAUGAGAUCCUUCAACCUCCCAUUGACAAAACCAGAACGGCCAUACUUGGGCUACAGCGCAAAACGCGUUCAUGAAAUGCUUCGCAGUCUCAAAGCGCCAGGCUGGUGUACUGACCACAACAACGAGCCAUGUACUCUCGAAGUUGUACUGCAAGAUUUCUACGUACCCUGGGAACCGAGUAUCUUUGAAAGAGAACUGUGCAAAAAGGAUGCCAUUGGGCAAAAGGAAGGGUCUGGCCGGGGAUUGAACCCGGGACCUCUCGCAAGCUGA